AUGAACGCCCUUGAAACCAAUUACAACUCCACGGAUAGCUUUGUGUUGUUGCAGCCAUCGCCCAUGCUAUCGAUACCGGACCGUUUAUGUCUGCUUGCAUGCUUUGAGCAGCUAAAUUCGCAACCAGCAAUUUGUGUUGAGAUACAAUUUCGCUCCUUCGCCAAGAACAUUGCCAGCUCAACACGCCUGCUAUGGAGAAACGUUCGACGAAGGGACCCAUUUGUGGUGUCGAAAAUUGUCGAUCGAGGCGGUAUGAUGAAGGGGAGGAUGGGUUUCUAUACUGUCAGAAUGGUCACCGGCAGGGGCUUGGUCCGAGGAGAAGACGACGACGACAAUCCUGUCACAGCUGCGAGGACGAUAACAAGAAAGAAGAAGGACGUUGAUGAGAGUACCAAAACGAUCGCUAAACAUUUCAGCGGCCGACAGGCUUUCGAUCUAUAUCUGAAAAGCCUGCAGCUCAUCCUUCGGCACCAAGUAUGGUUUCUUGUGCACGAAAAAAGCUUACCAGCUGAGCUCGAGAUAGUUAUAUACGAUCUCUGGGCAUUGCGCAUAGCUCAACUCGCCGAUAAGAUGACGAACACUAACUUGGACUCUGAUUUGCAAUCUCAGGCUCAGAUUUUCAGCACUCUGGAGACUGACGACAGUGACACAGCAGACGAAAAACGAGGGUUACUGAAGAAUUUCGAACAUAGAAGGGAACGUAAACUCGCAAGUAUACCAAACCUCACCGAUGCUCUUGCUCUCUGCUAUCUGGGAAUUCGCACAUUACGGCUUCCAAUCACACCUGGAGACUUCUAUGCAUGGGUCACAGAUGGAAAGAUGGCGUAUAGAAGAGCUAUCAGACUCGUACCGCUUGCGAUGCGGGAUCGACUGCCAGCAACAUUCCAUGCCGUUCUUAAUCGACAAGCACUUUUCAAACACAAGCAAUUCUAUGAUACUGUCGUAGAUUUGCAAAUCGGACUCUCCAAGGACCACGGCAUCGUAUGGCCAGCUCUCAAUGUACCUAUGCUACUCUACCGCUACCUGAGGGAGAUGGCAUUGCCUUUGGAACUGUAUGACGCUACAACUCGUCUGGCUGAGCUACUUGGCUACGACUUUGCUUUACACCCAAACGGCAAGAAGCGACUAGGAAUACGACAUCUACCUGAAGCACAGCUCGUUGGCUGUCUCAUAGUUUCUGUCAAGCUACUCUACCCACUUGACGGCAAGCAACGCUUCCCUCAGUCAUCUUCGGAGCCCACUGCAACAAAGAUGAACUGGAAUUACUGGAGUGAGCAUAUUGACGCCACAAGGACGAAGGAAUUUGAAACCGACAAGGGACUCAACACCGAAGAAAUGAUGAGCCUACAAGAAAAGGAUGUUCUCUCAAUGCACUCAGAACAGCUGGAUCAGUAUCUCGACUUCUACGCCGACACAUUCCUCGACGAUGUGGAGAUUCAGAGGAUAACAGAGAAUGACGACUUCCGCCGAGCAUUAUAUGAAAUGUUCACAACUGAAAGCAAUGUGGAAAUCCAUCGACCGAAAGAGCUUUCGAAAGAUGUAGCACUGGAAAGUCAGUUGGAGGUUGUCAAGAUAGUUCACAGCACCAUGGAAGCGGUAGCGCCGGUGCCUGUAGAUGUUGCUACGGCUCAACAUUUGAGGCCAGGACAGGCGUAUCAAGUAUGGAAACACGAUAAAGAGCUGCCUGAACAAACGAAGGUGCUAUAUGAUAAGGCUGCAAGACUUGCAGGGCUUUCGUUGGACAUGCUUGUGAUGGCUGUAUCCUUUACCGAAGCGAGGAUUGAGCAGUGGCGUAGACAACAAAUGACGAGGCGACAGACUGCACCAGGGCAGGAAGAUGAAUAG